UUGUUGCAGUUCGGCGCCGUUGCUCGACGAGUUCGUACGUAUUUUAUUGCUUCGUAAUUUUUCGUUAAAUAUCAGUGUUGAUGAUCACGUUGUGUUAGUUUCAAUGUAUUGUUUCAAAUGACGUUUAUUUGCUUACUUUUAAAAAAUACUCUUUACAAUAAGAAAAAAUGUUUUUUUUUAUAUAAAAAAAUUUAUAUUACAAACGGACGCAAUCAUAUUUAUUUUAUUCAAUUUCAAAUAAUAAGAAUAUGAUUUUAUAAUACGUUAUCAUUUUUCGUUUUAUGGAAUAUUAUUUUAUAUUUAUUAAUGUGUUAAAUCAACAACAAUUAUUGAUAUUCUUGAUAUAUAAAAUAUUAUAUUUGUUCUAUUGGAUUAAAUAUUUUGAUAUGUGAAUGUUGAUUGGUUACCAAACGAAUACGAUGUCUUGCAAAAGAAAAUGCAACUUUCUUGAUAACAGCUAUUAUUUCGUGAGAUUUUUUCUCGAUAUUAAGAACAUAAGAUGUUAAUAAGAAAAAAGAGAGAAAGGACGAUAAAAAGUAGUGUUGACAGGUGCAAUGGAAUAAUGGUGAUCGCGUGUAUUGGCUUCAUAAGUAAAAAAGCGAUCGUGUAUGUAUCCAGUUUUUGCGAAUGAAAAAAAGAUCAAUCGACUAAUAUUCAAGCACACGAACACGUUCUUAAAGAUGUUAUUACAUAUACAGUGUAAGCCAAGUUUCAAAUAUCAAAAAACAUGAUCUACUUCUUCAAUUCCUUUUUUUUUUAAAGACAUCCGUUAAUUCGAAAGGAUAUAUGAUCCGCGUCUUUAGAACACGUGUUCACUGUCACGUGGUCGUUCAAGAAAACAUGAAAUGAUCCAUGGAUUCGCGCAACAUCUUUCGAAUCUUUUUCAUCGAAUUAACUAUUAUUUCUCGUGAGAUGCGAGAGUAAGGAAGAAAUGGAGACACUUUAUACAGGAGCGAUCCAUGGGUUUCCUCAAUCGAAUGGCGGACUUACUAAUGGAAUUUCAACGGGAAUGGGUAACUCGUUCGAUCAAGAUGGUGUCUUGAGUCUCAUUGUGGUUUUAGGAGGAAGCUUGUCUCUGGUGGCUCUAGUCUUUGCCUUCAUUACCUACAGCUUAUUCUCGGAUUUGAGAAGCCUGGCGGGCACGACCCUUAUGAAUCUCUUGGCAGCUCUCUUCAUGGUUCAACUACUCUUCAUAGUUGGAGUGGGUGGCGUUCAGGAUUCGGAGCUAUGCAUUUCCCUGGGGUUGAGUUUGCAGUAUCUUCGAAUGACGGUGGUUUGUUGGCUGGCUGCGAUGUGUCAUCAUCUUUAUGCCACGGUCGCAUCGAUUCCACGGCGUGACGAUCCACCGACUUACCUCAAGUACAGCAUCUUCGCCUGGGGUGCACCAUUUCUCAAUCUCGCCGUUGCCAUUUUUCUACAGAUUCGCGAGGCGAGCAAUAUUUGGAACAUUGUGGAUCUCACGCCUUUUAAUUGCUGGUUUAUGGGAACGAAGGCAACAAUUUACACGUAUGGUUUGCCAGUCUUCCUGCUGCUUCUUUCCGCCGGUUAUUAUUUAAUCAAAGCUGCAAUUGUGUCCAGAUACACAUGCAGUAUGCAGUUGGAAAUAAAGCAACGCGAAAAGAUGAAAAGAAGAAGAGCGUUGCAAAUGAUUCUAUUUUUAAAAGUGUGUAUGAUAGUGGGUUUCGUAGCUGGAUGCGGUGUUGCAUCUAGAAUCUGGAAAAUACCUUUUCUUUGGGCUGUAUUCUGCACUGCACAUUCUCUUCAGUCUAAAAUGCAUUCACUUAAAGUAAUUUCUCAAAGAGGGCGCUUUGGAGCAUACGUGAAAGAUGGUUGGAAAUUGGGGCACGCGAGUUUCAAGGCAAACGGUUGGUAAAUGCGAAACAUCUGUACCAUAACGAAACCGAAUUAUUCAUACGAAACGAAGCCAAAACUACUGUUGAAACUGAUGCUGUUUCACUGCUGGUACUUUACUUAUUCCGUUGGAGAAAGGGUGCAAAAAAGCCUCAAGAAUAUCUCCUACGAAAGGAAAUCGUAAAAUUUUCAUAACGAACCAAAUCUUAUUUCUGCUUGGUAUGUAACGUUUCAGUCGAAAAUUUCACGUGAUGAAACGAAGAAACGGAAUAAAAGCAAACUACAAACAUCUCUUUAAAAAGAUUGAUUCAUAUGAAUUUCAUUGUUAUGUUGUGCAUAACUUUUGUUUCGAAAGAAGUAUAUUUUUGCUGGUUGAUAAAAUUAUAAAAUUGAUAUAAAAUUAAAAUCAUAACAUUUUCAGCUGAAAAUUUCACAUAAUAAUAAAAGAAACAAAUUGAAAGCAAAAGUACAAACAUCCCUUUAAAAAAAAUUGAUUUUUUUUAUGAAUUAUAUUAUUAUUUUAUAUAGUUAAAUAAUAAAAUAAAAUAUAGUUUCAUAUAGUUAAAUAAUAAUAACUAUAAAUAAGUUAUAUCUCUUUUCUGACUUUAAAGAAAAAUAUGUAUAUGUUCUGAUUGAAGAUUAUAAAGAGUGUUUUAUUUGAUUGACGGUGAAAAAUGUUUCAGAUAAAACAUUAAGUGCUAUUAAAAGUGUUACAUUAAGUGAAACAUUAAGUGUUAUUUUUCGUGAGAAAAGAUUACAUGUCAAUUUUAAUACAACAUGCAUCGAUAUAGCUCUAUAAAGAAAAUUUUCUAUAAAAGAAUAUUAAUUUAAUAGAAAUUAUUAGAAAAUAUUUCAAUUUGAAUUUUCUAAGAUAUUAGUCUAAAAAUUUAGAAGAUAUUUUAAUUUGAAUUUUAUGAAAUUUAUUGUACGAGAGACAAAUUUAUCUUUCAAAAGAUUUUUUGCCAAAAAAUAUCCUUAUAUACGUAUUUAUUCAUUAUGACCAGGAUUGAAAAGAAAUUUGAGACUAAUUUUAAAAUAUUUUAAAAAAUAUUUAAUUUGAAAGCGUUUUUAUCUUUUUUUUCUGAUUUAUAUUCUGUUUCUAUGUAUUUUCAUGUAUCCAUUAGAAAAAUUAUAUUUUCUUAACGAGAUGUCAACGAUUAUCAUCGACUAUCAUCGAUUGUCACAUUAUGAUUAUCGAAUGAUUAUCGAAUAUUUGUGUUAUCGAAAAAAAUAUAAUAAAUGCAAAUAAAAAUAUGAAAUA